CUUUAGCCAAGUGGAAAUACUUCGGAUCCCCAGACUGGGCUGAACCAUUUGUCUCACCUAUCGCUUUUCCAAGAGGUCACAAACAUGUCGGACAAAAGUGAAUUAAAGGCUGAGUUGGAACGGAAGAAGCAGCGGUUGGCCCAAAUCAGAGAAGAAAAGAAGAGAAAAGAAGAAGAAAGAAAAAAAAAAGAAACUGAUCAGAAGAAGGAAGCUGUUGCUCCUGUGCAAGAAGAAUCAGAUCUUGAAAAAAAAAGAAGAGAAGCCGAAGCAUUGCUUCAAAGCAUGGGGCUAACCCCAGAAUCUCCUAUUGUCCCUCCUCCUAUGUCUCCAUCCUCAAAAUCUGUGAGCACACCAAGCGAAGCUGGAAGCCAAGACUCUGGAGAUGGUGCUGUGGGAUCUAGACGGGGACCUAUUAAGCUUGGAAUGGCCAAAAUUACACAAGUUGACUUUCCUCCUCGAGAAAUCGUCACAUAUACCAAGGAAACUCAGACUCCAGUGAUGGCCCAACCCAAAGAAGAUGAAGAGGAAGAAGAUGAUGUGGUGACUCCUAAGCCACCUGCUGAGCCUGAAGAAGAGAAAGCUUCUAAAAAAGAUGAAGAAAAUGAUAGUAAAGCUCCCCCUCAUGAGCUGACUGAAGAAGAGAAACAACAAAUCUUACACUCAGAGGAAUUUUUAAGUUUCUUUGAUCAUUCUACAAGAAUUGUAGAAAGAGCUCUUUCUGAGCAAAUUAACAUCUUCUUUGACUACAGUGGGAGAGAUCUGGAAGACAAAGAAGGAGAGAUUCAAGCAGGUGCUAAACUAUCAUUAAAUCGACAAUUUUUUGAUGAACGUUGGUCAAAGCAUCGAGUUGUUAGUUAUUUGGAUUGGUCAUCUCAGUAUCCAGAGUUACUUGUGGCUUCCUAUAAUAAUAAUGAAGAUGCUCCUCACGAACCUGAUGGUGUGGCCCUUGUAUGGAAUAUGAAAUACAAAAAAACGACCCCAGAGUAUGUGUUCCACUGCCAGUCAGCUGUGAUGUCUGCUACGUUUGCAAAAUUUCAUCCGAAUCUUGUUGUUGGUGGUACAUAUUCAGGCCAAAUUGUGCUUUGGGAUAACCGUAGCAACAAAAGAACUCCAGUGCAAAGAACGCCACUGUCAGCUGCUGCACACACACACCCCGUCUAUUGUGUAAAUGUUGUUGGAACACAAAAUGCACACAAUCUGAUUAGCAUCUCGACUGAUGGAAAAAUUUGCUCAUGGAGUCUGGACAUGCUUUCUCAUCCACAG